GUUUUUAACAGUUCGAUAUACACAGCCUUAGCUAGCUGUGUGUGUGUGUGUGUGUGUGUGUGUGUGUGUGUGAGAGAGAGAUAUAUAGAGUGUGUGGAUUUUUGAAAUAAGACAGAAUUCAGAAUGCAGAGGAUUUAAAAAUAUCAUGUAUAUGAGUUUACCAGGAUUUCCUACUCCGAUCAUGAGUUUAUUUUCUGGCACCCCGUCCUUCUGCAGUUGAUGAUUCUCCAGCUGGUUUGGAGAUGACGGACAGCAUCAGGGCUUUUCUCCGCAAUGUUGCGACGGGAAUUAAGGAUUCUAUUCUGGGAAUUGGGACGAUCACGAAGCUCGAUGCUCGGAUCCAGCAGAAAAGGGAAGAGCAGCGGAGGCGCAGGGCGAGCGGCCCACUGGCACAGAGACGGGCGCAGAGUCAGGAUUGUAAACAUGAGAAUGAGCCCAAAUUAGCAAGUAGGAUUUUUCAGUGCUGUGCCUGGAAUGGAGGCGUAUUUUGGCUAAGUCUGUUUCUUUUCUACCGAGUGUUUAUACCACUGCUCCAGACUCUGACAGCAAAAAUUAUUGGCGAUCCGUCGCUGCACGGAAACGUGUGGUCCUGGUUGGAGUUCAUCCUGACGUCGGUAUUCAGUACCCUCUGGGUUCUCCCUCUGUUUGUGCUCAGCAAGAUCGUCAACGCCAUCUGGUUCCAGGACAUUGCCGAUCUGGCUUUCGAAGUCUCCGGACGCAAAGCUCAGCCUUUCCCAAGUGUAAGCAAGAUUAUAGCAGACAUGCUCUUCAACCUCCUCCUCCAGGCCCUCUUCCUCAUUCAGGGAAUGAUUGUGAGUCUGUUCCCCAUUUAUGCGAUCGGUCAGCUGGUCAGCCUCCUGCACAUGUCUCUGCUCUACUCACUCUACUGCUUUGAAUAUCGCUGGUUCAACCACGGGAUCGAGAUGCACCAGAGGCUAUCAAACAUUGAGAGGAACUGGCCGUAUUAUUUUGGCUUCGGUCUGCCCAUGGCCCUGCUGACUGCAAUGCCCUCGUCAUACAUAAUCAGUGGCUGUCUCUUCUCUAUCCUCUUCCCACUCUUCAUCAUCAGCGCUAAUGAGGCCAAGACCCCUGUGAAGCUUUACCAUUUCCAGCUGCGUCUAUUCUCUCUGGUGGUCCUGAUCAGCAACAAGCUCUUCCACAAGACGGUUCAUCUGCAGACAUCUCUGACCUCUUCAAGCUCGGCAGAGAAACUCGCAUCUCCUCACGCGUCCCCGAUCCGCCACAAGGCUCCAAACUCUCAGUGACCUCAGGCACUUUUCACGCAGGAGUUUGAUUGGUGUUCUUUGUGUUUUAAAUGCAUUUUAAUGUUCUCGUGAAGGAUGGAUCAGGCUUCGUUUUAACUGUGAAUGACGAGCGUGUGGGAUCAGACAGCUGUGUCUUGACAGUGGAGUUCUGUUGGACUGUUUUUGUACCUGUUGUGUGCCAUUUAGGUUGAUUUUACAGAAACUACAGCACAAGGACAUUUUAUUUUAAGCACAUCUCCCCAGUCAAUGCCCUCAGUGCUUUUUUUUUCUCUUUUAAAACCUGGCCUUGUGAUUUCAUUUAAUAACACUGAUAAUCCUUGUAUCUAAGUCAUGUUUGUGUCAUUAACGAUGAGCGAUGGAACAAUUGAAAAGUCCCUUUAAUCUACAAAACGGCGUCUCCUUCAUACUUGCAUUAUUUUAUUGUAAUCUCUCAACCUGUCAUCCAUCCAUUAAUGAUAGUAAUGAUAAAGAUUAUUAUUACGACAAACUAAACAAACUGCUCUUUUAUAUAUAUGAUUUGGUCCUUUAACAUCAGUUUAGAGCUGGAUUGUAGAAAUACAAUCGAAUCCUUUCAGUGGUCAGUAUGAAAACAAGGCUCCGUUCUGCUGCUGCUAACCCAAGUAAAGCUAUAAUAAUGCCAAGUCUAAUCCUAACCUCCACUACAGCCACCGUCCCUCUUGCCAUAUUCACGUAGGUGUUGAUAUUUAUAUAGAUUUCACUUAAGAAUCUCAGCAGGUUACUGUUUUACUGAAGCACAUAACGAGGCCCCGUCUCACUGUCAGCGAAUCACUUGGAUGCGUGGUGUAUUUCUCGAUCGUUAUUUUAUUUCGAAAGGUUACGGCAUUAACAUAAGAAGCGAGUAGUGUUACAAAUGCAGGUUGGUAUUUGUGAGUGAACCUUUUUUUGUAAAAAAGUGUUAAACCUAAUUUCAAUAAAUUUGCUCUGUAUAUACAUGCUUAAA